CUCCUUAUGAGAGAGCGUGAGCGCGUCCCCGAGCCGUCGGAGCGCGCUCCCCCUUCUUCCUCCGCAUCCGGGCAUCCCAGGCGCCGGGGGCGCGCCUCUAGAAGCAGCAGCACUAGCAAACACCGUGGUGGGACCAACUUUUUUCUCAGCUCAGCUCCCUGCGCCUCGGCUGUAUCACUCCGCGCUCCGGUCAGGGGAAGUAGUCCCUCCUUCGCGACCGCUCCAAACUCCGGCCAGCCGGGCGGGUAACAGACGGAGAGCGGUGCCGGCGACGGGCAGAGGAGCCCGGGCAUCACCCCCCGAGUGGCAGCGCGGCGGGGAGGCGAGCCGGCGUGUGAGUGAGAGUGAUGAGUCCGGUCCUCUCACAACUUGCUCGCUCCGAGUAGUUCUCCUCCUCACCCGGCGCCCGGUCAUCUCACCCUGCUGCCCCCCGAGGACCGGGGUGUCCCGCCCGCCGGGGACAGGACGAGGAGCGGCUGUGGGUUUGGAUUUGUCUCCGGAAAGUUGGCGGCUGGGAUUUGUGCUCGGGGAAAGUGCGUGGACGGAGCGGCAUGGAGGUGCAGAGCCUGCAGGAGGCCAUCCAAGUGGAGAUCCAGUGCCACCAGAAGCUGGCGGUUCGGAGCUGUCCUGUGGGGAGUGCCAAGGCCAUCCCGCUCAUCAAGGCACCAAGCGGUCAAGGCAUUGCCAUCUCUGUCAUCCCGGCCAAAGCACCCGUCUCUAUGGUGACUGCGCAUCUCAAUGGCCAGAAAACGGCUACGGCCUCUGCAGGUUCCACCGCAAACAGCGCCGGGCCCCCCCAGACCUCCCCAAUCAACCUACAGACAACCAGCAGACUGGUGGGGGGCGCCUUAAACAUGACAGCGAGGAGGGUGUCCGAGAUGACCCAUGCCCAGACGCUGGGCACCAUUACUGCAGUGCCAAUUAAAGUCCCUCAGGUCAGCUCCUUGCACAGAUUGGCAGGACAUAGACCAGUCGCGCUACCUCAGGUUAGGCCAAAGACUCUGAUCCCAGACAGCCUCCCCAUCUCCUCGUGCAGAGACAAGCCUUCUAAACAGCCCCCUACUUUCCAAAAGGCCACAGUAGUCAGCAUCAAAAACCCCAGCCCAGCCCUCCCGACUGCCAACAACACCACCGUCACCCACCUCCAGGCCUCCAACAGGCCGACGCAGAGCGCGGCGGAGCCGGCUAUCUCCACGCCACUGAGCAGUGCAGGGGUAGCCUACGCUAUCGUAUCCACCUCGUCCAGCAAUGCAAACCCCUUGAGCACCAGCACCGUGUCGGUGGUUAACGAUGGAAUCAAAGUUCAACCGCUCCUAAUCAGUGCUGACAGCAAGGUAAUCAUCAUACAGCCUCAAGUUCAAAGAAAGCUGGAGAACAAGGCUGACAGCGCGAAACCUUGUGAAAAACCGCCUCAGGGACCCUCAGCUACCAAAAAGAAGAAGGAGGAGAAUCCAGAGAAAAUCGCCUUCAUGGUAGCACUUGGCCUCGUCACCACAGAACAUUUGGAAGAAAUCCAAAGCAAGCGCCACGAGCGGAAGAGGAGAAGCACGGCCAAUCCAGCCUACAGCGGCCUACAAGAACCAGAGCGGAAACGCCUGGCUUCACACUAUCUGACUAAUCCGUUUAUAUCAGGGAGAGCGAAUUCGGAUUCCGGCUGGAAGGGCAACAUCAUCCACGACGAAUACUGCUCAGCGUGCAAAGGUGCCAAUAACUUGCAGCCCUGCGGCACUUGUCCAAGAGCUUACCAUCUAGACUGCUUAGACUCGCCUGUGAAAAUAGCACCCAAGGCGGUCUGGAUGUGCCCAAAGUGCCACCAAAAGCUCCCAGCAUGGAGCAAUGGAAAGAGCAUAAAAUUGGAGUCUCCGGAAUUCCUCCUUACUCCCUCCAGGCAAAACACCGGCAGCUGGACCAGGCAGGCUCCCUCUCAAAUUUGGAUGCAGGUAUUAAAGAAGGAGACGGUGCCGUGGAGUGGGGCGCUUGCGAUUGUUCAGUCUUACGUGACACACAAAACAGUGAAAGAGGAAGAGAAGCGGAAGCUGAUGAAGAAAGGCAAUGAACUGAAACACGAACAGAGACAGCUCGAAGAUCAAGAGAGACUCCUGAACAAUGCCAUGAAGAAAUGCUUAGAGCUGAAGAAUAGCUUACUCGCCCAGCAGAGGGGGACUCAGUCAUCUUUGGAACGUCUGAAAUCUCUCAUUAGACUGAUACAGAACGAGCAGAUGCUUCAGGUUACCAUGACCACAACCACCUCCUCUUCCUUGCUGACGGUCCCCUGGAUCAAACCCUCCUCCGCCACCCCUACUUUACACAAAGGCCUGCAGCAGUCUCACAGUAACAAUUGACACAGCCAGACGGAACAAUAACUUUGAGCAAAUUUCACCAAGAAGAAAAAGACAUGAAAGACCGGUCUGUCUUUUUUUUUUUCUGAAACGCUCGCACCCAUUGCAUCGAUGUACAAGAGGGCUCGCAAACACAUUAACGUGUCUUGAAAGACCCAACUGCGGCGGUGGUGGGGAAAGAGCAGUGAUUGCUACGUCAGAUGCUGCACCACCUUCAGUGCUUAUCGUCUGUUUGUUUUUUCCACUUCCUUUUACGUUGGCCUUAAAUACUUCUGAAUUAUUAAGAGAUGGAGAAAAAUAAAAACUGUGUGUGAAAGGGCCAAAUUCCGCUCAUAACGAGAUGAAAGGCGCUCCCUUGCCUAACAAUUCACCUUUUGUUUAUUUGUCAAAAGAUUGAAUUAUAGUACAAUUAAGUCUGAAAGGGAUUUCGGGACUCUAUUUUGGGGGAUAUGAAUAGGUAACAAAAAUUGUACAAAUUGUUUUUUGGACUACUUUACAGCCCUUUCAUAUCAAAUCUGCCACAUGUAUUCAGGUUAAUUGUUUAAAGGGGCGGUUGGAAUGGGUUAUGUUAGCAAUUACUCAGAGCCUUCAAACAAAAGCUGAUUUUUUUGUUCCAGUAUUAAUACAGCUGAGGUUUGCAGAUAUAUUAAAAGAAAACUGUAUAAACUUAGCAUUUCUAGUGCGAUAUUGAAGUAUUUUCAUGCUUGUGUAUACGCGUGCUGAACUAUUUAACAAAGUACGACUGUAAAACUCCUUAAUUUUUACUUAUUUUGCUAUUGAUGUAUUUUCUCAUUAAGGUUUCCUUUUGUUUUUGUUAUUUUGCAUCUUGAAAGAUUUAACAAUGACAAAGUGGGUAACUUUGGUAGGUCGAAAUAUUUACGUUUUGGUAAAAAAGAAAAAAAAAUCUUUUUCAACAGAUUUUUUUUUAUUAUUAUUAAUAUUAUUUAUUUUUAUUUAUUUAUUUAUUUUGCCAGUACAGACAAUAUGCCAAAAAACUUUACCUUUUUUGUACUGCAUUUUUAUUAUAAAAAUAAGUAAUGUGAAAGGAACAAUAUGCAUUUUUUAUUUUACGCUCGCAGAAGUAUCUGCUUAUAUGGUACAGAAAAAAACUGCCUCAAAUGGAGUUUCUCAUAUCUGAUAUAAUAUCAUUUUGGUGUUUUUUACAUAUCAAUGUUUAAUGCUUUGGGUUAUUAGGUAGAAGGGAUUGUGCAGGCAGGGAAGACUUUUUUUUUUUUUUUAUUCGAAAAUUAUUUUUGUUUCCGCUGUAUAUUUCAAAAGCUAGUCUUCCUGAUACCACAGCGGUCAGCGUAGCCUAGCGCCUUAAUAGGCCACAGACUAACCAAACUACGUUUGGUUUCAAGAGAUAAGCAACAUGUCUGAUAUUUAAUUUUAAUAUACAUGUUUUGUUCCCUUCAUGAAGACAUAUGUGAUAGUUAAUUGUUUACAACAUCAACAGCUUGGAAAUGGUCAAAGUCAUUAAAAAAAAAAAACAACAACAACAAAAAACCUAAAUAUUUAAGCACCUUUCAAAAAUGUAUUUUGCUGAAACCAUUUAUUUUCGCUUUAUAUAUCAAAACUAUAGUAGCUUUACCGAAAUUGUUGGCUGUUAUUGAUCACUUUUAUUCAGUGUUGGAAUUUUUUUUUUUUUAUUAUUAUAUUUUUUAAUGAAGUAUUUCAAAGAGGUAUGCACAUAUGUACCCGGCUUCCUUGCCCAUUUCAACAUUUUAUUUGUUAACAAAAACAAAAUGUAAGUCUUGACACUGAAAUACAUGCUUCGUUCAUUAUAGGCUGCUUAAAAAAGAAAAUAUCACACAAAUCUCAUAUUGAGAAUCAUUAUCAUUGACGAGUAUACAAAACAAGGCAGCUCUGCUGUACAUUUUGCAUAUCACACAGUUGUGAAUGUCUUACAAAACGGUUUGGUGGUCGAUCACUAAUAACGUUUAAUGGUCCCAUCCACCAUUUUCACAACUCCGGGAGAAACUGUGCAGUACUAUACAGAUCUAUUUUAAUACACUUACCAAUGGGUUGACCAAGAUUUUUAUAUUCUUUUACUGAUGAACAAAGCAAACUUGAUUAAAACACAAUUGUUAUACAUUGGUUAUUUUACACCAAUUACACAUUCAAAUAUGGCUUGCAAUGUAGUUUUUUAGGUUUAAAGGGUUUUUUAAGUUUAUUUUAUUCUUAAAUAAAAAUGUAAAAUGUGCAGCUAGAACAUGUCAGGGGAUAUAUGAAGAAAUGUAUUGGACUGUUAAAAGUAGUUUUAUUUAUUUUGGUUUCAUUUAAGGGGACAGUCCAUUUAGUGUGCAUAGAAAAAGUGUUUGUCCUAAAUAUUACAAUGUAGUUUUACUUCUAUGAUGCAUUAAAACUUGAUUGACAAUUU